GAACAUCAACACCAGUGACUCAUUCUAGUCUUUUGUUGAGAACUUACGAAUCGAUAGACACUCGCUUCUAAAGUCUGCUGCCAUGCCUCUUAUUUUCAGGCCCAGCGACUUCUACUACACCGGGAACAUGUCGGACGACGAGCAGGAGCAGACGGUGGCCGAGGACCUGGUGGUCACCAAGUACAAGAUGGGAGGCGACAUCGCCAACCAGGCGCUCCGCCUGGUCGUGGAAGCGGCGGCGCCUGGCGUGUCUGUGCUCAGCCUGUGUGAGAAGGGAGAUGAGUUCAUCACCGCUGAGACCGGGAAGGUCUUCAAGAAGGAGAAGGAAAUGAAGAAAGGCAUUGCUUUUCCCACCAGCGUCUCAGUCAAUAACUGUGUUUGCCACUUCUCUCCCCUGAAGAGUGACCCUGACUACACACUUAAAGAUGGGGAUCUGGUCAAAAUAGAUCUGGGCGUUCACGUCGAUGGCUUCAUCGCUAAUGUGGCGCACAGUUUUGUGGUGGGAGCUUCAAAGGAAAACCCCGUCCGUGGCCGCAAAGCCGACGUGGUGAAAGCAGCUUACCUUUGCGCUGAAGCAGCACUUCGCAUUGUCAAACCUGGCAACCAGAACAUUCAGGUGACGGAGGCCUGGAACAAGAUCGCACAGUCGUUUAAAUGCACACCUAUUGAGGGAAUGUUGUCCCACCAGUUGAAGCAGCACGUCAUCGAUGGAGAGAAGACCAUCAUUCAGAACCCAUCAGAUCAGCAGAGAAAGGACCACGAGAAGGCAGAGUUCGAGGUGCACGAGGUUUACGCUGUGGAUGUUCUCAUCAGCUCUGGUGAAGGAAAGGCCAGGGACGGAGGACUAAGGACCACAAUAUACAAGAGGGACCCCAGCAAACAGUAUGGCCUGAAGAUGAAGACCUCCAGGAUGUUUUUCAGUGAGGUGGAGCGCCGUUUUGAUGCCAUGCCCUUUACUUUGAGGGCCUUUGAGGAUGAAGCCAGAGCCCGUCUGGGCGUGGUGGAGUGUGCGAAACAUGAACUGCUGCAGCCGUUCAGCGUGCUGCACGAGAAAGAAGGAGAGUUCGUAGCUCAGUUCAAGUUCACCGUUCUGCUGAUGCCCAACGGCUCUCACCGAAUCACAAGUGGACCUUUUGACCUUGAAAUCUACAAGUCAGAGCAUGAGGUUGAAGACCAGGAGCUGAGGAGUCUGAUCCAGAGCUCAGCCAGCCGCAAGACACAGAAGAAGAAGAAAAAGAAGGCUUCAAAGACAGUGGAGAACGCGACAGCCGCCGACGAAAAGGAAGCAGCGAAGUAAACGCUGCGACUCCACUCAUGCAACUCCAAAGAGAAGUGGUGUAAAAUGUCUACUGCUGGAAUUACACAAGGCUAAACAAACACUGGAAGCAAAUGAUUAUUACAAGCCAGUUGUUCUCGAGACUUGUAGAGGACGUUUAACCUUUUACUGUGUCGCAGCUACUUAAGUCAUGAAUUUGAACAGGAAAAAUUGACUUUGUUUUGUUUUACAUUUCAGUGGUCAGUAUCUCUGAAGGAACAUUAGAUUGCAAUGUUUACAUUUCAUCUUCCAGCAGUGAAACAGCCAGGUUUAAUUGACAAACUCCGUUUUUGAGACAAUACACAGGUUGAGGCUGUCGUAAAGGGUGAAACUGCUGUACUGUGAGGUAGUACUUACGUAAUCCAACCUGUGCUUGAUUUAAAAUAGCUGAAACUGAUUGACCUGCUUAAAAAAAAACUAAGGAGUCAAGGGAACAAAAUGCUACACUAACUGCCAAGGAAGCACGAUGGCCAAGACGGUCAGCAUUGGUGACGUGAAUAAACUCAGGUUCGACGGUGAUGUGACGAAGGAAGAGGCCUGUGUGUUGAUCAUUUGCUGAUAAAAGAUUGUAAACCACCUGGAGGGCAAAUGAACUGUGGAAAUAAAAUAUU